UUGUAAUUAUGUAUAUGUUGAGAUAUAUCAGUCCCACUUUCUUAUUAAGUUGUUCAAAGUUCAUUCAAAGUUAAUUUAGAAUUUUGUAACUAGUAAAAAGCUGUUAUUAAUCAAUAAACGGAGAAUAUAGACGAAAAAAAAUAUAUUUUUUUGUUCAGAAGAGUGUGCAAAGUGAACAAAAAUAACCUUUUCAAGUGUAUGGAAACAAAAUUAAUAAACGGGAACAUAAAAUUUUGUUCCUCUAUUGUUUUUUACUUAUAAAUUUAGAUUUUAUUUAAAAAAAAGUGUCAGGAAUGUCAAGGGUGUAUAAACUUGUUUCCCAUGUAUCGAAGAAAGCGUAUAGUACGACGACCUUCCCGAAAAUAACAACUCAUUAUACAGUCGUUCCACGAGAAAACGAUCCACGAUGGAAAGAGGUCAAUAUGGAAAGGUAUGUGGACGAGACGGAUAUAUUGAUUGUAGGUGGUGGUCCAGGAGGGAUGUCAGCAGCGAUACAAGCGCGAAAACUUGCUCAGGAACGUGGCAAGGAAUUACGUGUGACACUCGUUGAGAAAUCAUCGACAAUUGGUGGUCAUAUUUUAAGUGGCGCUUGUAUCGAUCCAAUUGCACUUAAUGAAUUAAUACCAAAUUGGCAAGAAUUGAAUGCACCAUUAAAAACGCCUGUUACUAAGGAUAAAUUUGCAUAUCUCACUGAAAAUGGACGAAUUUCAAUUCCAAUAAUGAAAGGUAUGCCAAUGUAUAAUCAUGGUAAUUAUGUUGUUCGUUUAGGACAUGUUGUAUCUUGGCUUGGUGAACAGGCCGAAGCUGCUGGUGUUGAACUUUAUCCAGGUUAUGCAGCUGCUGAAAUUCUCUAUCAUGAGGAUGGUUCUGUAAAAGGAAUUGCCACCAAUGAUGUUGGAAUUGCCAAGGAUGGUUCGCCAAAGGAUAAUUUUGAACGUGGAAUGGAACUUCAUGCGAAAUGUACAAUUUUUGCUGAAGGAUGUCAUGGUCAUUUGGCGAAACAAUUGAUGAAUCGAUUUAAUUUACGUGAAAAUUGUGAACCACAAACUUAUGGUAUUGGUUUAAAGGAAAUUUGGGAAAUUGAUCCUGCAAAACAUUCGCCAGGAUUAGUUGAACAUACAGUUGGAUGGCCUUUGAAUAAAAAUACAUACGGAGGAUCGUUUUUGUAUCAUUUGAAUGAAGACAGUCCAUUGAUUGCCAUUGGUUUUGUUGUGGGUUUAGAUUAUCAGAAUCCUUAUUUAAGUCCUUUUCGAGAGUUCCAAAGAUUUAAGCAUCAUCCAUCAAUUAAAUCAACAUUGGAAGGUGGAAAGAGAGUGGCUUAUGGAGCACGAGCCCUCGUUGAAGGUGGUUUUCAAUCAAUUCCAAAACUUCAAUUUCCAGGUGGUUGUUUGAUUGGAUGUACUGCUGGAUUUUUGAAUGUUCCAAAAAUUAAAGGUACACACAAUGCAAUGAAAAGUGGAAUGCUCGCUGCUGAAAGUGCAAUCGAUGCGAUUAUCAAAGCUGAGACGACAAAUUCACCAACGAAAGGCCUUACGCCCGAUGAUUAUGAGGGAAAAAUAAAAAAUAGUUGGAUCUACAAGGAAUUGAAAGCAGUGAGAAAUUUCCGACCGAGUUUUCAUUCACCACUUGGUUUAUUUGGUGGAGUUUUGUAUUCAGGAUUAUCAAUGAUAUUAGGUGGAAGGGAACCAUGGACAUUUUCACAUGGUGGUCCAGAUCAUAAAAAACUUAAACCUGCCGCAGUAUCAACUCCAAUUGAAUAUCCAAAACCGGAUAAUAAAAUUAGUUUUGAUUUAUUGUCAUCUGUUGCACUAACGGGAACAAAUCAUGAGGCUGAUCAACCGCCACAUUUAACGCUUAUGGAUGAUACGGUACCGGUGAUGAAAAAUUUGACAAUUUUCGAUGGACCCGAAGGUCGUUUUUGUCCCGCUGGUGUUUAUGAAUUUGUUCCACUUGAAAGUGACGAUGGACAACGAUUGCAAAUUAAUGCACAAAAUUGUAUUCACUGUAAAACAUGUGAUAUCAAAGAUCCAAGUCAAAAUAUUAAUUGGGUUGUGCCUGAAGGUGGAGGUGGUCCAGCCUAUAAUGGCAUGUAAAAUUCUUUUUCAUUGAAAAGAAAAAUAGUGCCUUAUUUUUAAUGGCAAAUAUACAAUGAUUUUCAUUAGAGUAACAAUUUUAUUUUUUACUAAUUGAAAUUAGAGAAAAAUUAUUUUUUCUAUCUGUAUUUCAAUUAUACAAAUGGAUAAAAAAAAAUGACUGAGAAUGAAAAAGUAAAAUGAAAAAUACAAUUAUGAAUAAAAAAUAUAAACUACUUACAUCACUAAAAUGUGAAACGGAUUACAAAAGAAAAACAUAUAUAAAUUAUUUCCAACAGUAAUAUUUCUUAUAAAAAUGUUUAUUAACGUUUUUUGUUAAAAAAGUGUUUAUACUAUUGUACAGAUUUUCUAAAUUUUUCCAUACUAUUUACUGAAUUGAAAUUUGUGAUAUAUGUUUA